CCACCCGGGCUGGCGGCGGAGGUCUCGGGGUCGCUGCGAGCGAGGACGAGGCCGGCUGGGGUGUGGUUCGGGGAUUCGGGGAGCAAUUGAGGCGGAGCCAUGACCUUUCAGGUUUGGGGGUGGCGGAAGGAAGAUGCGCCUCGGGUUUUGGCCUGGGUGCCCGACGCCAGGGGCGUGAGCGGGGAAGCGCCGCCCUGCGCCGCCCGGGCUAUGAAAGACCCCAUUGCAGUAGAGAGAGCCAACCUGUUGAAUAUGGCGAAGCUGAGCAUCAAAGGACUCAUUGAAUCUGCACUAAGCUUUGGCCGCACUUUGGACUCGGACUAUCCCCCUCUGCAGCAGUUCUUCGUUGUUAUGGAACACUGUCUGAAACAUGGUCUUAAAGUAAGAAAAUCAUUUUUGAGUUAUAACAAAACUAUUUGGGGCCCUUUGGAACUGGUGGAGAAGCUCUACCCAGAGGCAGAGGAGAUAGGAGCCAGUGUUCGAGAUUUACCUGGUCUUAAGACGCCCCUGGGUCGAGCAAGAGCCUGGCUUCGAUUAGCUCUCAUGCAAAAAAAAAUGGCUGAUUACCUUCGCUGCUUAAUUAUUCAGAGGGAUCUCUUGAGUGAGUUCUAUGAGUAUCAUGCACUAAUGAUGGAAGAAGAAGGAACAGUAAUUGUUGGGCUGCUGGUUGGCCUGAAUGUGAUAGAUGCUAAUCUGUGUGUAAAGGGCGAGGACUUAGACUCACAAGUUGGAGUGAUUGAUUUUUCCAUGUAUUUAAAGAAUGAAGAAGAUAUCGGAAAUAAAGAAAGCACAAAAUAUCCUUUCCCCUCUAGGAAUGUUCAGAUUGCGGCCAUCUUAGACCAAAAGAAUUAUGUUGAAGAAUUAAACAGACAGCUCAACAGCACAGUCAGCAGCCUCCAUUCCAGAGUUGAUUCACUGGAAAAGUCAAAUACUAAGCUGAUUGAAGAGUUAGCAAUAGCAAAAAAUAAUAUCAUUAAGUUACAAGAAGAAAACCACCAAUUGCGAAAUGAGAAUAAAUUGAUUUUAAUGAAAACACAGCAGCAUCUGGAGGUGACCAAAGUGGACACGGAAACUGAACUUCAAACCUACAAGCAUUCUCGGCAAGGUCUGGAUGAAAUGUACAACGACGCCAGAAGGCAGCUUCGAGAUGAGUCCCAGCUCCGGCAGGAUGUGGAGAAUGAGCUUUCAGUUCAAGUGAGUAUGAAACAUGAGAUUGAACUUGCCAUGAAGUUGUUGGAGAAAGAUAUCCAUGAGAAACAAGAUACUCUGAUAGGCCUUCGGCAGCAACUAGAAGAAGUGAAAGCCAUUAACAUAGAGAUGUAUCAAAAGUUGCAGGGCUCUGAAGAUGGCUUGAAAGAAAAAAAUGAAAUAAUUGCCCGACUAGAAGAAAAAACCAAUAAACUCACUACAGCCAUGAGGCAGCUGGAACAAAGAUUGCAGCAAGCAGAGAAGGCGCAAGUAGAAGCUGAAGAUGAGGAUGAGAAAUAUCGACAAGAAUGUUUCAGUAAAUCCGACAGUCUGCAGAAACAAAUCUCUCAAAAAGAGAAACAGCUGGUGCAACUGGAAACUGAUUUGAAGAUUGAGAAGGAAUGGAGGCAGACUUUGCAGGAAGAUCUUCAAAAGGAGAAAGACACCUUAUCUCAUCUUAGACAUGAGACCCAACAAAUCAUUAGUCUUAAAAAAGAAUUUCUUAACCUUCAGGAUGAAAAUCAGCAGUUGAAGAAAAUAUAUCAUGAACAGGAGCAAGCCCUUCAAGAACUUGGCAACAAACUUAGCGAAUCCAAACUGAAAAUAGAAGAUAUAAAAGAAGCCAACAAAGCAAUGCAGGGACAAGUUUGGCUGAAAGACAAAGAAGCAACACAUUGUAAGCUUUGUGAAAAGGAAUUCUCACUUUCUAAAAGAAAGCACCACUGUAGAAACUGUGGGGAAAUUUUCUGUAAUGCCUGCUCUGACAACGAACUGCCUUUGCCUUCCUCACCAAAGCCAGUACGAGUCUGUGAUUCCUGUCAUGCAUUGCUCAUUCAGAGAUGCUCAUCUAACUUGCCAUAAACUCCAGAACUAAAUCUUUUCUGUAUGACAGUACCUGCAAUGAAUAUUCCAUGUGUGCAAAGUGUGCAGACAUCAGCCCUUCCUAAGCAGCUUCCAGUCAGUAUUGGUACCAAUUUAUCUUUUUCACAUUCAACCUAUGGGAAUCAUAAGCUGGAUGCCUUUUUUUCCCCAUUGUUAUCCUGAAUUUUGAACAGCAUGUUUUAAAGUAACUUUAGCCUAGUUAUUAUUACAUGGAACAGUCAUGUAGUUUAAAUCCAUUGAAAGGCCAGACAGAAAAGUGAAUACACAUUUGCCUUAUCUUGUAAAGGCCUUCUUAAAA